AUGACACUAAGAAGUGGUUUUGCCAAAGCAACUAUUUUGGUAUUUCUGGCACUAUUUGCCCUGCUGCUGGUGAUCAAUAUUGGUCACCAUGACACACGGCAGCAGUUGCAGGAUGAAUUGCUGUCAUACAGAGCUAAGGCAGCUGUCCCAUCGUCUCCUACAAUUAAUAAGGUGACGCCGCCAGCCGUUCAGUACGUUGAAGAGCCCGUCAAUGAGCAAUUAGUUUUACAAUUGGAACAGGAAUUACCCGAAGUGGAUUAUAAAUAUUGGUAUUAUCAGGCCAAACCGAAAACGUAUCGUUUAAAUAAAACCUGUGCCCCCUAUCCGGAUCCCUUGGAGCUGCAAUUGUACAACAUAUAUUGGCAGAGUUUCUUGAAUGCAAAUGUCACAUUUCGAUUGUAUGCUGCCUACUUGGAUACACGGGACGAUGACGCCGAAGGCCCACGAGUGAGAGUGCUGGGCACAGCGAAUCAAAUCGGUGAGGGUUUCCCACAAACAUAUUGUCAUCUGUGGUACGACAAUCAUAGCCAACCGAUGAUCGUGAAUGUCACCGAGUUUGUCAGCGUGUGGGUGAAGGGGUGGGGAAAUAAACCUCAGCUGAGCUAUCCCCACUUACUCAGUUGUCCAUUGCCCAAAGAGAUGCCCCCAAACUUAAUCGAUGCCAUACCAAGAACAGUGUCUCUAGUUACCGAUCAAUGCAAGAAGGCCACCAAUUCGCUUAGAGUGCACUAUGAGCGGAAAACGGAUAACGAUAAUGAUAAUACAAACAAUGAUACGAAUACAACAAUGACCAGUCCAAAAACACUGAAUUUUGGGGUCUGUGUUAAGGGCUUUGAUUUCCCCUAUGUGGAUUUGUCGGAACGUCUUAUCGAGUGGUUUGAAAUGCAACGUCUAAUGGGCGCCACACGCAUCUAUGCCUACAUGUACGAUGUGCAUCCGUCAGUGCAGCGGGUCUUGGACUAUUAUCAGCAUGAGGGCUUCCUGGAGCUGCGUCCUUUGACCAUGGCCAAUGGUAUGCCCCGCUUGAAGCACUAUCAACAUAUGCUGCUCCAACAACGUCUUCUGGUCAAACGUCUGAAUGAGCUAAUACCCUACAAUGAUUGCUUCUAUCGCAAUAUGUAUCGUCAUGAUUACCUUCUGAAUGUGGAUAUAGAUGAGGUGAUGUUGCCCCUAGGCGAUCUGACCAACUGGCAGCAGGUCAUAGAGACAACAAUGGAAAUCGAGUUGAGCCAACCAUCGACAAAGUGUCCCAAAGGUUUUGUGGCAUUUUGCUUUAUUAACUCCUACUUUAGCAAGGUUGUGGGCGAUGCCACCAAUCACGAAGAGGCCGAACAAUCCGAAGAGCUCUAUGUUCUCCAGCAUGUGAUGCGUCAUCGGAAUUUCUCACGUCCUGGCCAAGCCACAAAAUGCUUCCAUAACACAAACUUAUCUAUAACGCUACACAAUCAUUUCACUUUGAAAUGGAUAACAGGUGGCUGCAGGCCACGAACUGUCAGCACCGAACAUGCCAAAAUGCAGCAUUAUCGCGAACCGGACAAGAAUUAUGAGCUCUCUGAGUUGGUCGAGGAUCGUAGCAUAUGGAGAUUCGCUUCAGAAUUGCGUAAAAAUGUCGAGCAUGUGUGGAUUCAUUUGAAUGAUGGUGCUCAGCAAACGAUUGGUAAUCUAGAAGAGGAGCAAUCCUUGGAUGAAUUACUAGAAGAGGAUCUAGCAGAGGAACAAACACAACAGAUACUGGGAUAAUGCCUGAGGCUACUUAUUAGUUUACUUAAUUUUUUUUUUCCAAUUUUUUUGUUCUAUGUUUAAGUUCAGACUGUAAAUACAUACAAAUAUACUCAGUUAAAAUCAGGUAGGGCUAUAUAUGUCAGGGUAGGGCUGUGCUGUACAUAUUAAAUGAUAUACCUAGUCUAAUCAGUCAAUCCAAAAAAAUUACCACAUAAAUUUGCUAUAAUUGCUUUGAUAGGGCAACAGACACAAUUGUGAUUUGUUUGGUCUGCCAAAAAAAUAAUAAUAAAUAAAAUAUAUAUUAUAAUUAA